AUGUCCUCAACCCCAGCAGACCAGCUCGCCCUCGCCCGCGAAACCGUGCGGCCGAACCUCGUCAAGCGCCUCAUGCGCGAGAACAAGCUCGCCCACUCCUUCGGCCUCCGCGUCGCCUUCUCGACCGAGAUGCCCCUCGUCGCCAGGCGCGCGGGGUACUCGGCGGUGCUGAUGAACCUCGAGCACAUGGCGAUGAGCAUGGAGACGAUGAAGGACAUCGCCGUCUCGUGUCUGAACGUCGGCAUCACUCCCACGGUCGUCGUCCCGACGUGCUCCCAAGAAUGGAUCUCGCGCUGCCUCGACUCCGGCGCGCAGGCCGUCAUCGUGCCGCAUGUCAAUACCGUCGAGCAAGCCAAGAUGUGCGUCGACGCGUCGAAGUUUCCUCCCUUGCUAUCCUACGCGGCCAUUGCCGAGGUCGUCAACGACGAAGUGUUGAUCAUGCCCAUGAUUGAGACAAAGGAGGGUGUCGAGAACGUAGAAGCAAUUGCGGCCGUGCCAGGCAUCGAUGCCCUCUUUAUCGGUUGUGCAGAUCUUUGCAUGGAGCUCGGUAUCCCUGGCCAAUACGACUCGGAACUAUUCCAUUCGACCGUUGCCAAAAUCGCAGCCGCCGCAGAGAAGGCGAGCGUCGAUGGUCGCAAGGUAUUCGUCGGUCUCGGAGGUUUGGAGCCACGACCAGACCUUCUUGAAGAACUCGCGAAACGACACGCUCCUAUUCGAUUUGCGAUGGCAGGUCGGGACUUGGCCCUGCUGCUGGCAGGCAUGUCGAAACAGGCAGCAUCAAUGAACGAAAUAUCAACAAGACUUCAGUGGUAG